AUGAGGCCCGGGCCUACUAGGCAGGCCGUAGGCCAAGCCCGCGACAUCCUCUCCACGUUUCGCUUGUUUUUCACACCCGAGAUAGAAGACAUCAUCCUGGAGAUGACCAAUCUGGAGGGCGUUCGAAAAUACGGAGCCCGAGGCGACGGCGACGACGGCGACGACGACCACCGCCGCCACUACGCCGACGACCACGAAAACCACGAAAACCACGAAGACCGUGACCGCGGCGCGGCGCGGCGGCCGCUGGAAAGCGAUGGACUCCACAGACCUGAGAGCCUACAGAGGGUCUGGGACAAGUGGGUCGAGAGGCUGCCGCUCCUCUACAACCCCGGGCCCGACGUGACGGUGGACGAGCAACUGGUCCCUUUCAGAGGCCGAUGUCCUUUCCGCCAGUAUAUCCCAAGCAAGCCGGCCAAAUACGGCAUCAAGACAUGGGUGGCCUGCGACUCCAAAUCCAGCUACGCCUGGAAGAUGCAGGUCUACACCGGCAAGGCCACAUGCGGAGGCCCCGAGAAGAACCAGGGGAUGAGGGUCGUGCUCGAUUUGACGCAGGGACUCAGGGGUCACAACGUCACCUGCGACAAUUUCUUCACCUCAUACGAGCUCGCGCGCCAGCUCCUGACCAGGAACGUCACCGUGGUCGGCACAGUCAGAAAGAACAAGCCAGAGCUCCCGCAGGCGCUGCUCGCCUCAAAGGACAGGCUCCUCUUCUCCUCCAAGUUCGCCUUCACGUCCACCACCGCUCUAGUGUCCUACCUGGCAAAGAAAAACAAGAACGUCUUACUCCUGAGCACGCUGCACACCGAGGCUCACGUUAGCCGUCGCCAGGACAAGAAGCCGGCCAUCGUCCUAGACUACAACAGCAACAAGGGAGGUGUGGACAACCUAGACAAGGUGAUUGGAACCUACAGCUGCAGGAGGAUGACCGCGCGCUGGCCCCUGGUCAUCUUCCACAACAUCCUUGACGUGUCCUCUUACAACGCUUUUGUCAUAUGGCGAGAGCUCAACCCCACUUGGAUGCCUGGCAAGCGAAACAAGAGGAGGGUGUUCCUCGAGCAGCUGGGAAAGGCACUAGUGACUCCGUUCAUACAAAGAAGGGCCCGUCUCCCUCGCACCGAAGCCUCUGCGGCGCUCGUCAAAGCUGUUCAGAGGGCUACGUAUCGUGAUCAGCCCCCGGCGGAUCACGCCCCGCAGCACCGGACCACGCAGCACCACCGGCCCAAGCACCCAACCCCGCACAACCCACAAUAA